GCGUCCAUCACGCACAGUUUAACACCAAGCAUCAUGAGCUUCUCGUUUGGGUCUGCUCCCGCGGCGGGUGGUGCUUCGGCGCCUACUGGUGGGUUCACGUUUGGCAGUGCCGCGCCAGCAGCACCUGCCGCAGCUCCUUCUACAGGUUUCAGUUUUGGCGGUGCGUCUGCUACCCCUACAUCCACCACAGCUGCACCGUCAACGGGUUUUUCGUUUGGUGGAAGUGCAGCUCCUACUGCUGCUUCGACGACAACUCCUGCAACCACCGGUUUUUCGUUCGGAGGAGCUGCUGCUCCUGCUGCUGCUGCGACGACCACCCCAUCCACAACUGGUUUCUCCUUUGGUGGAGCUGCAGCUCCUGCAAGUUCUGCGACGACAUCCACCGCUGCACCUGCAACGACUGGGUUUUCCUUCGGCGGCGCUGCAGCUCCUACAAGUUCUGCGACAACAACCCCGGCCACAACAGGGUUCAGCUUUGGCGCGCCAGCGACAUCUACCGCCCCGGCAACCACAGAGGCGGCACCUGCAGCUGGGAGUAAAGGAUUUUCGUUUGGCGGAGCAAAAACGUCGAGCACUCCCGCGGCAACAACUACUGCUGCCACUCCUUCGAGCACUGGGUUUUCGUUCGGAGGUAAUGCGGCUGCAACCCCAGCAGCCACUGCUUCAGCAACCACCGCGCCAGCGUUUUCGUUGGGCGGAACGACUGCGACUUCCACCACCCCUUCGACUGGGUUUUCGUUUGGAGGGGCUACCAAACCAGCAGACUCGACAACUGCUGCCGCCACCACUACCAGCACCACUCCUGCAACGGACAAACCCGCUGCGACUACAUUCAGUUUUGGUGGAGCAGCCACAGGUACCGGUGCGACUUCGAUGCCUUCUACAACGACACCCGCAACCGGGUCGGCGUUUUCCCUUCCUGCUUCUUCCACCGGAGGAGCUGGCGCAUCAACUACAGGAGCAGCUGCUGCGACGCCGCAAGACAAGCCACCGGCCGAAUACAUGGACAAGAAAGUUGAAGACAUCAUCAACAUGUGGAGCGAGCAAUUGGAAAGCCACGCAACGACGUUUACGAACGAAGCGGUUCGAGUUAGCCAUUGGGACACGGAAUUGAUGCAAAACCAAACGAAGCUGGGCGAACUCGCCAUCGACGUGCGCCGCUUGCAAGUGGCGCAGAAGGAGCUCAACGCCAACUUGGACACAAUCACCUCCUACCAGACAGAACUCGAAUCGACGCUCGAGCAAUUGGAAUCAAGUGUGGACAAAAUGUUCGAGUCGAACCGGCAGAUCCCCGACGCCGCCGACCUCGAGCGCGAAGCGACGCUGCAGCUCUCGGUCGACAUCGACACGCAGCUCAACAUGAUGUCGACGGCGCUCAAGGAAACCAUCGAACGCCUCAACCAGACGUCGCUAGCGGCCAAUGGCGGCGACGACAACGACGACUUGCACCAGCCGAUUGCACAGAUCCUCAAGGUGCUCAAUGUCCACCACAACUCGUUGCUGUGGAUCGACGAAAACGCGUCCAAGUUGACACACGACAUGGGCGAAAUUGCGCAAAAGAUCAGCCGUCCGUGAGGCAGCACUUUAAGAGGACGAAACGUUGAGGAGGGUGUUCGUUGAUAUAUAUAUACUGGGUGAAAGAACCGUGAGGGGCUGUGGCAUCUGAGGACUCGAACGGUGUCGACUACGACGCUGCCGACCCUUCGACGAAGGACCGAAUCGACUCGUGAAAGUCAGUGACACCCUGCGCGCUGCGAUCGAGCCGAGCGACUGUCAUGUGCUCGUCCAUCGCGCACUGAAUCUCGAUGUUGCUCUUCUGGGGUGCCCCGCACGUACAAGACCGCUUCAGGUUGCCACACUUGCUGCACUUGUAGUUGGCGGGUUGGUAUGGACACACGUGGCCUUUCUUGGGUUCGCCGCAUCGACUGCAUCGGUAAUUACCACGGUUGAAGCUACUGUUACCGCUGGAGUUCGCGGCGCUGCCCAUGGCGGACGUGGAAGGCGGGGUCAACCCAGCACCAUCGCCAGUGUUCGUGCCAAAACUGCUCAUGUGCACAUUCAUACUCGCGCCGUCGGUCGAGGCGCCGGGUGAAUUCAUCAUAAACCCCAUGUUGAAAUUCAUGGCAGCCGCGUUCGGGAUUCCGGGGUCACCAGCUCCCCCCAUGAAGUAUGGUCCGACGCCGCCGCUUCCUGCUGCGUUCAUUCGCCUGUCAGUCGAACUUACUCGCGUUCC